CCUCACGUAUUCUGCUGGACCUUGGAAUAGUGUCACAAAGUACAGAGAGCACCUGUUUACUGAAACCUGCUUCACAACUUGAACACCUCACAAGCAAGCUGCUUUCCCCAGUUGAUGCGAUAUCUGGCUGUAAUCAGACAAAAGCGUUUCUUCACGUUCAGCGACACUACCAUCGAAUGAGGAAUUUGGAACUCAGACUGGGUUAGGAUAGCGUAGCCUGUCACAGCUCCGAAUAUUCUUGGUGAGACAAAAUAUACAAGAGUGCUGAAUGGCGACAGAAAUCAACAAACUCAUGAAUACGCUAGUGAACUUAACCAACAUUUCCCAGGAAUGCAACCUGACAGCCGGCCGGUUGGAGAGGGUGGUCCUUCCGAUCUUGUACUCUGUCAUUAUUUUUGUCGGGGUGCCAGCCAACUUCAUGGCUCUAUGGAUGCUUUUGCAGCAUGACAGAAAGCAUGGUAUUCUCAUUUACCUGAUGAACCUUGCCAUGGCUGACCUGAUCAGUUGCCUGGCACUCCCCUUCAGAGCAGCAUUGCUUCUCAUGGGAGACACCUGGAAGGAGAGUUCGCCUACAUGCACCAUUGUGAUGAUCAUCAUUAACUUCAGUUUCUACUACACUGUGAGCUGCAGCACCAUUUUUCUUGCUUUUAUCAGCAUCAGCCGAUAUGCCAUGAUUGUAAAGCCCAACAACAGGCAGCUGAACAAGUUCUAUGAUACGAGCUUUGCACGACUUGCCUGUGCCAUCACGUGGAUAACAACAGCAAUCCCCCUUCUUUCACUGAACAUAAACUACUUCAUCAAAGAAGUAAACUUCAAUAACGUGGAUUCCGUGUGUUAUAACAUGCAGUUGCAAUAUGGUAAAGCAGUGUCUGCCAAUGCUUUUGUUACAGUUGCUGUAAUGUUCUUGAUUAUUUUAGCCAUGUUUGCCUUUUCUUAUGCAUCGAUAGCUCUGCACCUGUGCACAGUGAGAAGGAAAAGAAUAAGUCAGCACAAUCGAGUGAUCCACAUUCGAGCACAGAUGAUCAUCAUCGCGGCCAUGACCGGAUUCAUCGUCUGCCAUUUGCCGUAUCACAUUUAUCAGAUCGUCACUGGGCUGCUCAGACUGAAAAGUGACAACUGCCAUCACCUCCUGGAAACUCAUCCCGUGAAACUGAUAACACUAUGGUUCGUUUCACUGAGCAGCUGUCUGAAUCCUAUUCUGUAUUUCCUACUCUCAAAAUCCUUUGUGGAGAACAGGUCAAGGAGAAGGACCACAUCAAAGAAGAAGUUGACAUCUGAAAUUACUUCUUAAGUAUAGGCCCACAGGAGAGCAAACAAAACCUUUAGUUCCUUGGUGGCAAGGCUCUCAGGCCUUUGUAUUAAUGUCCCGAUGAACUUAUUAUCUUUAAAAGAAUCACUAUUGGAAAGCACAUCACCAAACUCCAAAUGUGUCCUUAAUGAUCUAGUCACUGGGACAGAUAAUAAUGUCACUGUGUCAUCAAUCAAACCUCCUCAGAUAAAUUAUUUUUACUUAGGCAAAAAUAGAGAAAUGAACAAACUCAGCAACUACCUGAUGGUCAAAAUUGCCUCCCUGAAAAAAACUCAGCUGGUGCUUGGUGUAUGGACAAAAACUUUUCAGGAGCCAGACUCUCCCAGGAAAGACCAGCAGCCUUUCCAAAGUCAGUGUAACAUUAUUACCCCUAAAACAGGAGUAAACUGAGGGGGGAAAGAAAAUUAGUUUGGAAAAUUAAAGAAAACCACCAAGACACAAAUGAGGCGGAGUUAGAAUAUCACUGAGGGAUUAAACUUCUCUGGUGCUUUCUGCAGUAUUCAUAAUAUCAUGAAAACUAUUAAGAUGGAACAGCUGUGUCCUUUCACCAGUUUUCACUGAACUGUGUUGAAUGUUGCUUAGCUGUAAUAUGCUUAUAUAGAAGAAAAAUGGUGAUAACGUAGUUAUAUCCGACCCAGAGAAAUGACAAAGCUUUACCCAAGUGUUUCGGAAGUAAAGAGAUCAUUACUUCCAGAUUGUUGGGAGGCAGUAGUGCUUGGAGGGCUGAGUAUUACCAAUGGACAAGAACAACUGUGUCGUUAAAAAUAGAGGGGGCCCAUAUUUAUUUGAGACAGAAAGGUAAAGUCAUCAAUCCGGCAUCAUUACCGUUGUCAGUUUGCCUCUCCAGAACCCAAACCAUUCAAGCCUUCCAGGCCUACAAUUAGUCAAAUUUCCUAAAAGGACUAAUUUUUUUAAAAUUCCUGCAAUCCAAGAAUUCAUCUUUGGAGUGUCAUCCUUUAUAUCGAUUCUGACCAAGUGCUUGAAAAGCUUCUCAGAAGUUGCUUCCCUAUCAGAAUUUGGCAUAAGGGUUGGGUUUCAGGAUGCAUUGACAUGUGGGCAUUGUGCAGGUUAAUCCAGUACAUCAGGCAGCAUGUGUGACAGUGUCACUCAUGCAGUAUACAUGCAUCUGUGCAUUAACUUAGACCUGGCCAAAUUCUUUUAGAUGCAGGUCAGAAUCAGGAAGAAGUGAGUUUCUACCUAUCUGCCAAUCUGGAAAGAUCCAAGGUUUUAUUAGUUGAGAACAUUAAACAAUGACUUUAAAGGUUUCCAACCUUAAGGAUUUACUUCAGCAUGAACAAACAGGAAAACAGAACACAGAGGGGGAGAAAUAUGUUUUUGUAACACCAAUAGCACAGACUUGCAGUAGUUCCCCUGGAACAUGCAGCACUAACUCUAAGUGUUCUUCUAUAAAAUCAAUGAAGAAACUGGAAGCUGUGCUUCCCAAAUUUCUCACCCAGAACCUGCCUGUGACCCUAUUUAGAGUGAAACAGUAAAGCUGAUUUUCCUGAACCAGCUCAAUCAUUUAUCCAGGAUCUCUCCAUGACCAUUGGCUGGAAAGCCACAAUUAACCAUCAUUAGAUGUGCCUAUUUACUAUUCUGAUAUUAUGUUUGCUUGUAUCUUCACUGAAAGAUAAAAUAAUUACCUUGUAGGUUAAUGUUAGAACACACCCAGAUCUAUAAGAGAUUAAAGGGGUAAUUUUCAAUGGCUCCUUUAGAUGGUAAAAGUCUCUGAGAUGCCCAAAACGGGGCCUGAAGUUGAAAUGCUGGUUUUGCAUUUAAAGCGAGGCGCUAUCUUGGUAAAGUUAUUUGUUAGAAAUGGCCUCCUAGAGGACUGUUAAGAGGCUGAUUGUCACUUAAAUUGCUUGCUAAAUAGGCUGUGUGACAUUUUGGUGGACAUGGUUUGACCUAAAACCCUCUCCUAACAAUGACCAGCUAAAAAGGGGUAAAUAAGUCAUUGCAAUGGCUUUUGAGAGCUACCAGCAGGUAUACCACCUUUUGCUGUUCACUUGCUGUUGGAGGGUUGAAGAGGACUUUUGAAACACAUCAGGGCACUUUCUAUGACAAUUUGUCAAGGAUUCACCAACACGCUAUCAACAUUCUGAAAGUUUUGAGAGAACUUCAGCUCUAAAGAGGAAAUGCUGUUUUACUCCACCUUCUAGGAGAUUGCCAGGAGCCUCCAGCUUGAUCCUGGACAUCUUUCCAGGUGUCCUCCUUGAUCUGCAGGAGGAAUGGGAGGAAGGCAAGAGGCCAGGGAGACCAGUACCAGCUACUACAGGAGAGAGUGACAGGAGGCCAAGGUGUACUCCUUCCACCCUGUGUACACAGAACAACCAUUCUCCUCUGGGCCUCCUCCACCAGGAACCCGAGGGCAGUGUUUGAGAAUCUGUGCACCCUCUUCCUCAAUCCUUGAGUGAUCCUGCCAUAAUGUGUCAGUGGAAGUGGGUAUGUGAAACCCACACUUAUUGCUUCAUGAAGAUUGGUUUUAAUCAGUACUUGAGUGCUGAACCUGCAGGUUUCUGUUUUAACACCUUGAAGCAAGCUCAACUUGUGCUAAUUAGCAAUUGGGACCAAAAUUGGACACAAAAACCAGACUUUCAAAUAGUUGUUAAUAAUGAAACAAAAUUUUGCAGCUGCUGGCAUUCAGAAAUAAAAACAGAAAGUGCUAGAAAUCUCUACAGGUCUAAAAACAUCCGUGAGAAAAGCAGAAUUAAUGUUUCAGGCCGAUGAUCUUUCAUCAGAAUGUAAACUGCUUCCAAAGAAAUGUCAUCGAUGGGAAACAUCGGGCUAAAUUUUAGUUCCUGGGUCCUGAUCCCGAAGCCAGGCUGAAUUCCAGGUCAAGAUCUCAGAUGUGGCCUUGGUGGGAACUUGACAGAGAUUUUCGAAGAGGCAGCCAAUUUCCAGGCUGCCUCCCAAAGCCCCAUCCAAUCAAAGAGAAUGGGCCGGCCUCACAACCAGCAUUGCCAAUGGGAGCGGCCAAGGCUCUGGGCAGUUCUCAGUCCUACCAGGAGAGCUGGGUACUGGUGCUGUAGGUCGGGGACUGUUAGGGGCCUCAAGCUGGAGGCUCUCUCAGAAGAAAGACUCAUAAAUAUUUCAAAAUAUACUGUGGCCACAGCAGCCAAGCUCUCAUCGCAGACCAGGAACUGCUACACAGGAUGGCCUGGGGCUGUAGCUGUGACUGUGGCCCUCCCAGGGCUGCUUUGCAGGAUGCACCUCUGACUCCCCUGCUCUUCCACCAGGAGGCAGUCACCAUGCCAUUGAUGGGCUCCAGGCACAUCAGGUAGGGGGCUGUCUGGAAAAUUGACACACUUGGCACCUUAAUUGACCCAAUCGGCUACCCGCUGCUGGCGGGUUGGUAACUUUCAACCCUCAGCAUCCACCUCCUUAAACAUGCCUACAUCCCGGCCCUCCAGGCAGUAAAGCAAAAUUACCGCCACACCCUCCCCUGAGCCUGCCUCCACUGCAGAAUGAAAACCCAGCCCUGGAACUGUUUCCUGGCCUGCUGAGUACUUCCAACAUUUUCCGUUUUUAUUUCAAAUAGUCUUAUUACCACGGUGCCCAUUUAGCACGCUUUUCACCCUUUCAUAAAAAUAGCCCCCCGACAGUCAUUAGUCUGACCACCACAAGUAAAAUGAGUUCUAACUUUUACCAUGUAUACGCCCUCACAGCUCACUGCUUCAGUAUGCGAACAUGGUGUGUGCUUAAUCUUGCAUUCAAAAGACUGUUGUUGGUCCUGGGAAGAUGUGUUAAGGAAACAUCUGUGACGGAUAGGGAGAUUUUUUUGCGAAUCUGUUUGAGAUGUGGCUGGUCACAGUUGUUUGAACUGGAAUAUAAAUGUAUUCACGGUGUGAUAGCCAUGAUCUUCCAUAUUUUAUCAGGAGGUAAAGUGUUAUUCAUUUGCAAAUUGUUUUGAUGUAAAGAGAGUAGAAACAACAUAGACUGUCUAUUUUUGCCCUCGAAAUAAAUUUAAAGUAAGAACGCUUGGCAACAUACAUAUAUAUAUUUUUGUCUGGCAUGCAGUUUAGGCUCAGGAUACAAUAACAUUAAUUUGAAAACGCUUUGUCCAAUUACGGAGGACAUCUUUUUAAAUUUCCCAUGUCUGGAGUUGAACUUGAAAGGACUUGAGAUGAAUCAUCCUGAGCACUUGAAAGGACUUGAGAUGAAUGUGGAAAGUUUAUGUGGGAAAAUGAAAGUUCAUGUACAAACUGUAUUGUGGACGCUGCUCCAGAUUUAGCAUUAUUAAGGUUAUUAAUAAAGUGUGGCAUUUUUGUAUUACUAUUGUAGCUCAAGAGGUAUAAUUUAAAAGUUAUGUAAUCAAGAGACGCCUGCUGUACUGAUUUCCUGCUAUUGCCUACUUUUUAUUUUUAAUAAACUGAUACAUAGUUUGCAGCCUAAA